GUCUCCUCGCAGCACCACUUGUCUCUUUCUCCCUCUUACGACUAUCUAUAAAUCCACAAGGACUUAUUCUAUUCCAAGGUUUGUCCUUUCUCUACAGAAAUAGCAACUAUUGUAGCGUUUCAAACGUUCCUGCGCCUCCCGAUUGGUGACUCCAAUAUCCAACGCUGACGCACUCUCCUGUUGCUUAGAUGUCCGCUACGCAAAAAGUUCAGCAGCAUCCUGCUUUCCAGCAGGCUCAGGACAAAGCAAACUACUAUGUUAGUCAACUUGACAAGGAGCUCUCCAAGUAUCCUCUUCUGACGACUUUCGAACAACGCACGCAAGUGCCCAAGACUUACGCCUUCAUCGGCGGUGUCGUCCUGUUGAUUAUCCUCCAUGGCUUCAAUGCGUUCGCCUCCCCUGUUUCUAAUCUCCUUGGAUGGGGCCUUCCCGCUUUCCUCUCGGUCAAGGCAAUUGAAAGUCCUGGUCACAAUGAUGACAUCCAGUGGUUGACAUACUGGGUCGUCUUUGGGUUCUUCAACUUUUUGGAGAGUUUCGCACUGAGACUUGUGCUGUACUACUUCCCCUGGUAUUUUGCGUUCAAGACCACCUUCAUCCUCUGGCUCCAGCUUCCAGCUUUCCGCGGUGCUGAAACACUCUACGGAACAGUCGUACGACCUGUUUUUGUUAACGUCCAUCAUGCGCCAAACUCUGUCCAACCUCAAACCAGCGCUUCUGCCGAUCAACUCCGUGACCGUGUCGCUGCUGCUUCAUCCGAGUAAAUAAGCUUAGGUGGGUUUAGUGGUUGGUGAGGGUGCCAAGGUGUUGUUACGUCUUGUGGUCUUCUUCAAUAGAGUAUGAUUCUUUCCUCUCCUCUCUGAUCGGGCUUUAUCGAUUGUUCGUGUAGGAGUUUUGAUGAUCCCUUUCCUCCUCUUUGCUCCUUGUAUCUUUUUCCCUCUUACUCUUUUCAUUCAUCGUGAACGCUUCGCAGACUCUACCUCUAUUCUACUGAAUGCAUGUAUAUCGCGCUGCUACUUGACGAAUUUCCUGAUGUCCCGUGCCACCAACGAAAGUCCCGGAGAAGCUGAGCUAAUUCAAGUUUGCUCCUGGUGACGAUCUAUCGCUGUUGUAUGCACCACCAAUGAUGUUUUCUC